GUUCCGAUUGUUCUCGUGGUCAAAAAUAUUUAAAUGAUUAAUAAACACAAUAGCAAUUAUUCAUUCGAAAAUGUGCCGUGUUAGCAGAACAGCCAAUGAGUAACGAGGAAUAUAAUAUAAUUAGUGCCCAGUCCUUAGACCGCGUUUGUUUAUAUCUGAAUAUAAACACUGCCAGCACAUUUUAAUAAUACGUUUCUUGCGCUACGGACACGAGUGUUAAACUAGAAAUAUAAUUAUGAAGAUGUUAGCGAAGCGUGUUUGUUUGGCUGUGGAUUCGCAAAUAAUUGCUGAAAGCAGUGAUAAAUCAAGAAUACUUUUAGACGUGAGAGAACCUUCAUCUUAUGGAAAGUCUCACAUUAAAACUUCAGUAAAUUUAUUAACAUCGAACUUAAUAUUACGACGAUUACAACGUGGUUCAUUGACGAUAAAGAGUUUAAUGCCAGAGAGUGUUGUUACUGAGCUUGAAACUGAUAUGUACCGUGAUACUAUAGUUAUUUAUGACGAAAGUUCAACGACCGAUAACGAAUCAAGAAGAAUUUCUGUUAUUGGUAGUGCCUUAAAAAAGGAUUUCCCGAAAAUGAAUAUAUUUUUCCUCGAUGGAGGCUUCAACGACUUCUGCGAGACGUACCCCAUUCAUUGUGAGUUUGAUUAUCCAGUCGAUAUUCCGAAUCCGUUUCAAAUAUCAAUCGGCAGCCAGCUUGCUGUUGAUCCGACCGACAAAAUUGAUGGUACGCCAGACGACGAUGCGUGCCCUGUGGCUAUCCUACCGUUCGUGUACCUGGGAAAUGCAUAUCAUUCAUCGCAAAAAGAACUUCUGAAAAAACUUGGAAUUACCGCUAUUUUAAAUGUUUCGCGAGUUUGCCCGGUGUUGUUUCCAAAUUCUUUCGAGUACAAAACGAUAUCAAUCGGCGAUAAUGCAACUGAAAAUAUAAGUUGCCAUUUCGACGAAUCCAUCAAAUUUAUAGAUGAUGUUAAGUCAAAGAAUGGCAAAGUUUUAGUUCACUGUCGCGCUGGUAUAUCGAGAUCAGCAACGAUUUGUAUCGCGUACUUAAUGCGAAAAUGUGGCUACACAUUGGACGAAGCUUACGACUUCACGAAAAAGAAGCGCUCGAAUAUAUCACCUAACUUUAACUUUCUUGGACAGUUACUCACGCUGGAAAGUGAAGUUUUAUCAGCGAAAAAACUCGAAGUUAAAAGCGCAGUGACUAAUUCCGCGCUGUCGCUUUCAAUCGAACCAAAAAGAGUACCUCUGACCAGUGGGAUUGUCACAAAUUCCAUUUUCACAUACUCACCAAAGACGUGUAUUAAUUUUUUUGGAUUUUCGUCACCUAGCAAUCUAUCGCCGUCAACGUAUCGAGUUCUGUUGACGCCCACAUAAGGAUACAAAAAAAGUGAAAAUAUUAAUGUUUUUUAUUUUUAUAUUUAUUAAAAAUAUUUUGUACAGAACAUGUAAAUAUUGAAGAAAAAAGAAAAGUUGCGUUUUACAAAAUAAUAA